UCUAGAGUAAAUCCAUUAUUACCAAUUUAUACAUUUUUUUAUUUCUGGUAUUUCCCUUUCCUUUUUUUCCCAACUUUAAAUUUAUAAAUUCAAAAUACAAUGUACUAAAACUCCUUUGAAUUAUUUAUUUCACAUUUUACAUAUAUAUCUUUCCAUUAUCUUCUGAAAACCUUCAUUUAUCAACAUCUCUAAAUAAAUCUCUCCCAAACUUAACCCACCAGUAGAAAAGAAAAAAGACGAAGACAAAAAAAAUCCCAUUUUAUUUUGCUGGUAAUUAUGAAUGUUUUCAUCUGAAAUUAAGAUUCCGCCAUGAACAAACUUUGAUCUUUCUCUUGACUAAGUUUUACUUAAUUUCACUUGACUUCAUUUUUUUUUUUUUUUUACUCUUUUGAAUCUUACGACCUCUCUGGAUCUCUCCCCUCUUUGUAUCUCUUGUCUGUACUUUUAAAUUCAGAAGCUUGAAUCUGUCGUGAUCAGCAAGAUUCGAGUGUUUUCCUUACUUGUCGGUUUCUCUCCUUACAGAAUCUAAUGGAUGAGAGAGAAGGAACCAGCAGCAACAGCAACAACAACAUAACCAGUUUUGGUCUGAAACAACAUGUAGCUCCUCCUCCUCCUCCUAAUAGUGGGGUCUACCAGAUGGGCCCACCACGGUCCGAGAACCCUAACCCUUUUCCGGCAGGACUACCCAACACCAACGCCGCAUCCGCAUCUGCCUCCGCCGUGGCUGCUACAGCUCCUGAGAACGCUGCUUCUCCUUUCAGCUUAACAAUGCCGGUGGGGAAUUCUUCUUCUGAGUUGAAGAUGAAGAAGAGAGGGAGACCGAGAAAGUAUAACCCCGACGGCCCACUAGCCGUGACUCUUUCUCCGAUGCCGAUCUCCUCCUCUGUCCCGUUGACGACCGGGUUUGCUCCUCCGCAACGAGGAGGACGAGGGCAGGGAAGAGGAAGGGAACGCGGUCAAGCACGUGUAGACCCGCCCAGCAACAACAACAGGCUCACGAAUCCUCAGAUGUUCGGGUUCAACAACAGUUCUCCUGUUGUAGGAACUUCAGAAGUUGUCUGUGCAAGUUUUACGCCUCAUGUGCUCACAGUAAACGUGGGCGAGGAUGUGACGAUGAAGAUAAUGACAUUCUCUCAACAAGGCUCUCGUGCUAUCUGCAUUCUUUCAGGAAACGGUGCCGUUUCCAGUGUUACACUUCGUCAAUCUUUUACAUCUGCUGGUACUCUCACUUAUGAGGGUCAUUUUGAGAUUCUUUCUUUGACGGGUUCGUUUAUAACAAGCGAGACUGGAGGAAUCCGAAGCAGAGCUGGAGGGAUGAGUGUGUCUCUUUCAGGACCAGAUGGUCAUGUCUUUGGUGGUGGACUCUCCGGUCUCUUAUUAGCCGCUGGUCCUGUUCAGGUGACGGUAGGGACUUUUGAGGCAGGUAAGGAGGAACCUCAGCAUCAGCAGAUGCAGAAUCUAAGAAGGGAGAGACUCGGGAUCCCCAUGACAACACAAGAUUCUAACAUCUCAUUCGGUGGUGGCUCAGCGGAAGAUCCAAAGGCUAGAUAUGGGCUCAACAAGCCUGUUGUUAUUCAGGCACCACCCGUGUCCGCACCACCUGUGUCCCUUCCCCAUGAGCCAAACACUAACGCGGCCCAAGGUUACUACACAAACAACACUGCUAACCAAAUCAGAGAUCUCUUCACUUCUCUCCCAGGAGAGGAUGAUGAGGAUUUUGAAGGUGAAGAUGAUGAUGAAGAAUUUGGAAGCGACAGCGAAUCUGACACCGAGGUUCCAAACUGAUGAUUGAGUGAGUUAAUAUGACAUUGAUCGUUCUUGAUCUUGACCUCUCACUUAUUAGAGGGUGUAAUCUUUAGGUUGUAGAAUUUCAAAACUUAAAUGUUUGUGCAAACUCUCUCAUUCUUCAUUUCAAAGUCAAGCGACUUUUCUUGGUUCGUC